ACUUCAACAAUUCAAUUUUUGAUAUUCAAUGCCUCUGCCAUAAGUGAAAAUGGCCUGUAGAGUAAGUGAGCCCGGAAAGAUUAAGAAAUGGCUUUUCAGAUGUUGAUGGAAGGAUCAUGCGUCUAUUUUUUACCAUCACGUCUAUUCUGCUACAAGUCGUCACGUCACAAUUGAAUUCAACGAGUUCAUCUAGUCCUCAGGUAGGAACAAGCAAACACUACGAACCAAACGAAAUUGGACCUUGAUAAAACGAUUAUCAUGCUCUCAGCUACUGAACUUCCUUUCCAAGUAUCUCAACCCUCCCCUCCGUUUAGGCAAGGCCAACUGUCAAAAUACCAAAGCGUGAUUUUAGAAGGUGGGCUGAAGCUACUUCCUAGAGUAUCAUCAGCUGCUAAGAACACUUCACAUCCACCACGGACAAGGCGGCAGUCGGAACAUAAAAUCAUGUCAGGAAAAAAUAGUCAAAACAAACCGGAGGCAGAAAAAUACAAUAGUACUACUCUAAGAGACAGAGAAAAAGAGAAGGAGGUGAACUUACAUAUAAAUGAAGACAGGGUGGUAGAUGGCCAAUCUCCGGCCAUUUGUGAUAAAUGCGGUAAAAAAAAGAAAGACAAACAGCGAUUGAACAAGACAGAGAUGGAGGUGAACUUACAUAUAAAUGAAGACAAGGUGGUAGGUAGUCAAUCUCCAGCCAAUUGUGAUAAAUGCGGUAAAAAAAAGAGAGACAAACAGCGAUUGAACAAGACAGAGAUGGGUACACAAUACAAAUUAGAGGAAAACAAGGAGUCGAACAUUGAAGGUGAUGACUACGAAGAUGAUGACAAUGCAAAUGAUGAAGAGGAAAAUGAUGAAGAUGACACCUAUGAUACGUACGAAGAAGAUGAUGUUACCGAGAAUGAUGAUACAGUGAAUGAUGAGAAUGAAUCAAACAAGUCAAGCAGUGAAUUAAAGAAUUUGGAAUCUGCGGAGGUUAAAAAAUGCUCAGAGAAAAGUCUUAAUCAUGAGAACUUCGACAACACUGAUGAAAAAUUACACAGAAUUAACAAGAGUAGCUCUUGUACUGCAAAGAUUGGAGAAAAACAGAAAAAACUAAAUGGAGAGGCGACUAAAAAAACUGAAGACAUAGAAAACGGAAAUUAUCAGGCAGCAACAGACAAAUUAAAUAAAAAACAAACGAAAGUUACUGGGAGUAAUAUCAAUGACAGUAGUGUCAAAAGCAAAGGAAAAUAUUUCAAUAUUGAGCCAACAUCACAAUCGUGUGAAAUAAACCAGCGCCCGGACUCGACAAUGAAAGAGUGUGUUGAUGGUACGAAAAAACGGGGAAACAAUACCAAUGAGGGAGAAAUAAUGCAGAAAAAACUUAAGUCAAGAGACAAGAACAAAACUCUAGCCCGUGCUCGGGAUUUGUGUGCAAGUACAGAUAAAAUUGGAGGUCUUGCAAAUUUGGAGAAGGAGAAAACAGGGCAAGAUGGGGUCCAUGAUUUCCAGGAAAAAGAGAGAGAAGCGAAUCGUCCGGCAAACACUGACGUGAGGGUAGAUAACCAGUUUCGCAUCAAGGGUGAUAAAUGUGAUAAGAGGGUGGAUGACCAGUAUCCCAUCAGAUGUGAUGAAUGUGGUAAAAAGAAGAGAAAUAAAGGGAAGAAAACAAAAUGUGCUAUCGACUUAGCAGAGCAAGGAAUAAGAAAUCCAUCCAAAUCAAGCAGCUGUAUAGAAAUAAGACAUGAAAAUACAGCUUCAGUCGAAAAAAGUUGCUCAUUUAAAAACAAGGAAAAAGACAGAGAAAGUAAUGAAUCAAAGAAUUUUAAUGAUGAUAAUUGUAGAGGGUUAACAACGGCCCAAAAAAGUGAAAUAAGAAAAUUCAUCAGGAGCAAAUACAAUUCUGAAAAAGGAUCAAUGAGUACCAAAGGUUCAGCUUCUUCAAAAAAUGAAGAAAUGAAUGAUGCUCAUGAAAAACAUGAACCAAAAGAAAAUCCUGGAGAUAUAAAUGAAAUAAACAGUCAAGAGAAACCCAAGAAAAAGAAAAAUGAUAAUAAUUCCAGACUACUCUUUAAUAAUGGAGCAAAAACAAUUGAUCAUCUGCAAAGAGUUGUGCAAAGUAACUUGGAUGGUCAGGAAGAAAAAAAUAAAGCUCUCCGAGGAAGAAUUUUUCAUCCAUCAACACAAGAAAAUUUAGGAGAACAAGAGACAAGCGUUUCUGUAUUGCCUGCUGAAUCAUCUCAUCAGAAUGAAACUUUAACCACAUUAUUAGUGGAAUUGAAUGAAUGUAUCACCAGUUCACCCACAGCCAAAUUCGUCACAAAAUUCACAACAACUACCAGUGACAGGAGGAGCAAAGGAAUGUCUAGGACACUACCCGACUCAAAAACAAAAGAAACUACCGACCCUUGUUCAGAGGGUGAUGUUGCCAGAGUGACAAGACCAGAAAUUACAACUUGUUUUGAAAAUGACCCAAGUACAUUGGAUGUCUUGAGAUUAAAAAUUGAAAGUCCCGGUUCUGAGGUUGAGGAAGUAAACUCAAAGAAAAACAAAGACACCUCAACAUUAAACAGCGUCCCAUCCACUACACUACAUCCAUCGGAUCUCUGUGCUGCAACAGAGCCACGGUCAUUUGAAACUAAAGAUGAAUCACUCGCAGAACAAUCUGUAAGACACCUGAGUUGUGCUGAUAACAUGAAACUUGGAGAAAUACUGAAACGGACAGGUAAUAAAGACAAAAAUCGGAAAUGGCUGAAGCACGAUGCAGAGAUAGGAAAAAAUACUUUUAAAAAACCGUACCAAAUGUAUCUCAAUAUGCUUAACUUGCUCACGAAGAAGUCUGCGAGAUCCAGUGCCAAAAAAUUGAAUGACAUACGAAUGCAGGAGCAAUCAUCUGAUCAAGUAAGCCCAAAAAUUGCCUUGCAAGAGGAAGCUACAUUAGAAAAUAAUAUUGUUGAGGACUAUGCUACAGAUUCACCUCAAGUCCUCAAGAGCCAGUCUAGCAGGCCAAUCAUGCUGCUUCCUGAUUUAGGAAACUCUAAGUCCAAUGAUGAGAUUUCUCCUUCUGAUGAAAAAAUCAGUAUCGAUUUGAUGCUAAAAAAGAAAGCAAAUGAAAGGUCAUUGAUUCUGCCUACUGACAGAAAAAAUCUUGAGGAUCGAAUGUUAAUAUCCUCUCAGUUCAAACCUAGAAAAGCUUCCCAUCUUCAAUUCUUCAGGCAGCGUCUCUUAAAAGAAGAUGAGAGGGAAAAGUCGAAAAAGAGAAAGAGUAAAAAAUCGAAAAAUGAAAAAGAACCAUCAGUUUAUGAAGACUUGGUUGAAGAGAGAAUUUUAGAAUCUAAAACGGAUGAUACAAAUGCGGGUGAUCUUCGGAUGACAACCGUUGGAAAACCACGGAGUGAAAUUAAAGCCCUUUUACAUGUUUUGCGUAGAUCAAAAGUAAAGAAGUCUCCUAAAUACUGUCCAAAUGAAACAAUUACAUACUUAUCUAAAUCUGCUAUGAGUGAUGGUGAUGGAGAUAGCUACAAUAUGAAACAAACAUUCCAUGGAGAAAAAGAGGACAGGUUUGCAGACGUAAAGACCGAGACAGAAGAAGAAGAACUGGCUGAGCAGUAUCCACUAAAGCAGCUGAAAAAGGAAGCUAUGAAGGGAAAAAAUCUUGAGGACGAAACUGAGUUUAGAACUGAGCCUAAGAAAUUCUUCAGUGAGCAAGGCUUCAACGGUGUAAAUAGAGCUCAUAUUAGACGAAAAGAAAAAAAUAUCAAAUAUGGAUUCAAUGCUGAUAGCAGCCACCCUAGACGUAAUCAUCAGACCAAAUUUAGGAUUCUCAAACAGCUUGUGCCUCGUUUUGUUUUCAAAGAUCCUUGCACAAAGAGCUUGGAUGAACAAAUGAAUCAUCAUAAUGGAUUUUGGCACAAAACAGUGGACCUAGGGUUGAAUGAUGAUGCAAAUUAUUCGAAGAAAUCUGUAAAAAUGCUUGGGAAAAAACAUAAGAAAGUUUUAUUAGUUCAGAAAAAGAGUCACUCCCACAAAUUUCCUGACAAGGAAGGGAGACGCACAAAAGAAAGCAUUGAUCCUGUUUCAGCUUUGGUACAGCUAAUGAGAAGUGAGCAGGAAAGUGAACACAACAUGCUGCACAACAGACAGGUUGAGGAUGACGUUUAGAAUGAUAUCAGUGUAAGAGAUAAAAAUGACCGAAAUAAUUUACAUCUUAAAACAGCAUUAAUGACUUGGGAAGACCAGAAGACAAAAAACAUAAAAUAUUUUAUAGAUCUGAGAGCCUUGAGAUACAUUUCAGAAAUUCACAAUACACAGAGAAAAAUUCUGGCGAAGGCGGGUCAAAUGAAGAGGAAUUCAACUUUGUAUAUAGUACCUAGAAUUAAAUGAAAAUAAGAAUACAUACUUGAAAUUAGAAAAGUUAUUUCCAAAGCUCAGUUAAGAAGAGCGUAUUUCUGAUCGCAGCUUUCCAAAGCUCCAUUUAUGUUUAUCUUUCUACAGCAACUAAUCAACAAUAUUUCUUUUAAUGCUCUAUGAAGUUGUUCCACUGUUUCAAAAAAAUUUACUGAGAAUCUAAAGGAAACAUUAUAAUUUGUUUAUUUAUAAGGAAUUAAACAUACUUGGAUAAUUUGAAACAUUUCUACCAAAAA